CUUCACCCUCGCUACAAGACCCAGUACUUCAAGGACCAGUCCUGGCCUGAGGACUGGAUCACCGAGGCGCGGGCGAUCAUCGAGAAGGAAUGGACCAGCAACUACAAACCCAAGGACGCCCCUGCACCCGCUGACAUCCCUGCAAGCACGCGCAAGCGCUUUGCGGCCAUUGGUGGAGCUGCCAAGGCUGGAUGCGUCGACACGCUGAAGAAGUACCUGGAGGAACCCCCGGCCGAGACCGUGACUGAUCCCCUCAAGUACUGGGAUCUGGUCCUCAAGUCGUCAUCGGAGUCUAGCGGCGAGCAUGCCCUUGCUCGGAUGGCAAUUGACUUCCUUUCCGCUCCAGGUAUGUCGUCCAUUCAUCCUGUACAUACUAACAUGGAGGUAUUCUGA